AUGGAAAAAGUAACAAGAUCACCUUUAAGUUUUUUAUAAAACUUUGGAGACACUUAACCUAUAGUAGAAGAAGAAGAAAUGAUUCCAAUUUCUUUAGAAACUAGUAGAUCGAAUCAUAAACAUCCUUAUGGAUGCUCCUCUCAUCAUGGGAAAAAAACAAAAAACAUCAAAAAAAGAUGCGAGUAUGUAAUCCUAACAGAUUAACUUCACGAAUGGAAUAAUUUUUUACACUAAAAGUUUAAAAGAAGAUCGUGA